AUAAUAAUUGGGUUGUCGCGACUGUAAAAUGCGUAAAAGGGUAUCGAUUUGUUCGUACUUGUGUGUGUUAACUGUUUCAUUUUAGUGCCUUACAUUCGUAUAUUUUAUUACGUAGCUCGAUUUCACCUCGAGCUCCACUUUCUAAUUAAAGAGGUAAUUAAGGGUUGUAACAGACUAUUUUAUUCAAGGAGUCUUGUAAAUAAAUUUAUUGUGUUUCCAUGAGUGAACGAGGUUACUAUCGAGGCAUUUUUCACGUAACUUUGAUACCAGAACCGAUCGUAUUUGAAAGGCUUCGUUACGGUUAAGCACCCUCGAUUUGUUGGACAACGACGAUUUGUGUCAUAAUUCUCCAACUGUAAACAUAAUGGAGAAGAUUGAAGAUCACAUCUAUUGGCUAGAAUGCAUUCCAUUCCGAAGAUACGCUAAGAUUUUCAAAAGUACAACACACAUUUUUAUACGCGUCGUGCAAAGUGUAAAUCGCCUUAUGCACCUGAGGAGACGAAGAGAUUUAGUGAGCGAAAUGUAGUCUCUUAUAAAAGUUGUUUAACUAAUAUAAUGCUAAACACUCGUCUAAGGGACCCUAAGAGAAAAGACUAGCUUGCCAACAGUUUUUUGACGUAGUUAUUCCGACCUGUGUAACUAUGUAGGUUUAAUAACUGCUUUCAAAAUGUUAUAAAUUUGACUCAAAUUUGAAAACAAAAAGUUUAUGCAGAGUAUUUUGAUAUCAUUGCUCUUUUUUAUUCCAGGGUCAUGGCCAAUUGUUUCCUGUCCUAGAGAUUAUGAAUUUCUGCCAGGGAAAUGCAAGUUGAUGAUUCUCAAGGGCUGUCGGCAUCAUAUUGCAGGCCUCAGAUGCCGUUUAGCUGAAGAGUCGCUUUGUUCACUGCCAACCCACUCUUCACUGUCUUUUCCUGGUCAGUUUGUCCUCAGCCAGUUUGUGGUUGCACUAGGUAGUGACAAGCAAGAGUUGUUUGAGUGCUACAUGGAGGCCACCAGAAAUGGGAAUUUCAAAAUCAAUGGUGGAGGUUAUGUCAUUGACGCAGAAGUGAAGCCACCUGGUUGCAUGCAUUUAGCAGAAACCACUGCUGUGGACUGUGCUGGGAAUACUCUACCCUCCUAUGCUGGAAAAUUCACUUUUCUCCUUCCAGCUAACACCUCCAGGAUCUUCCAUGUCAAUAUCAAGAUGAAAUCAGUAGCUGGAAAUGCACUGCUUGAUGAAGUUCAAACCUGUGUCCUCACGCACUAUGAACCAAAUUACUUGUUUGAUUAUUGGGAUGGUCACUCUCUGCCAGCAGUGGACUUACCAUUUGCUAAAAAACAGCUUGUGGGUAUCCUUGGAACUCCUGAAGGUCAAAAGACUAUUCGGUAUUUUCAGGAUCUAGUGGAAAAUGGUGCUUACCAAUGUUUCAAACGAGACCAGCUCCGUCUUAUUCAACAUUCUUGUAUCCCUGGCACCUCAGAAGCAUUAUACAAGGAUUUGCUUCUUGAAGUUCAGCUAGAGGAAAGUCUGUUGCUGUAUCAAAUGGGAGAACUUGAACAAUGCAAGCAAGUAGGUGAGGAUGUCUGUACCAAGGCAAAUGACGCCAACUCGCCCAAUUACAACGCCAUUGCUGGGAAAGCAAAGAGUAUUAUCUCUGGUGCUUACAAAAUGGAGAAGGACUUCAUUAAGGCUGAAGAAUCCUUGAAUUCUUCCACUGAGGUGGGCUUGUUUUUGUCUCUGGUACAAUACUGCAGUGUACAUACAUUUGUUACUUUGUCAUUAUAUUCCAUGUUCAUUCUUAUAUUGUAGUAAGACGUUCUCCCUAAUUCAUGUUCAUCCCCUGAAUUCAUCCAUUCUCAGCUUGUGAUACAUGUAGGAAUUGCCCCUCCCUUCCCGCCCCUGCAAGCCUUACACAUAAAAUCUGAAAAGCAAUGAGCAACAAUUAUUUAAAACUCUUUAAUUAAAGAAGCUCUUUUCAAUGAUAGAAUCAACAACCAAAACUCAGUUUCAAAUGUAAGUGUUAUUUUUUUCCAUGUCGGAGGCAAGUAGGCACAUAAAUGUACAUACAUGUAGCAGUUUGAGAAUAUUCCCAUUGACCAGUGGCACUUUGUUGUUUAGUUAUGCCCUUAUUUGAGGGUGACACUUCUAAAUAUUUUGCUCUCAUGUGCAUUGGUUAUUUGAGGAAAUUUAUUUGACACGUUCAGUACUUCUAUUCUAAAACUAUUUUUAUGAUUCUAAUUAUGUAACUUAAAAAUUCCAAUUAACAUGUAGGGUCUUAAGCAUGGAAAUGCUACAGCCAUAGAAUGUACAUGUAGCAUGGUACAUUAUUUAUUAAAUGGUGAAUA